AUGGUCCUUCGCCCAUCAGCACUUACCACCCUAAUCGGCAUGGCUGCCCGCUACUUUGUGUCGACUACACAAGCACUCAAUUGCCUAGCCUUCACCAUACUUCUUCGUAACUGCACGUUGGGUUCUGUGCCAGCUAUAGCUUUGCAGCAGCGGCCGUCAACUAAACAAUGGUGUACUCGUACGGAUCUAUAUCCAGAAGUUGGUUCCUGGGCCGAAUCAGACUCCGCAGGCCAAAAUUAUGGAGGUGAAGUCUGCAAUGCGAAAGACAACCAGAGGCUUCUAGUCUUCAUUCAAUCCCCCGGCCAGCCUCCCAUAGCAAAGGAGCCCUCUAUGAUGAUGCCGGUUGUAAUAGCCUUCGAGUUCAUCUUCGACGCCAGAAACCGGUUGGUCGUUGAUGCAAUAGUUGCAGCCAGCGGCGAUUUCUUCUUCCAAACCCUCGAGGCCGGCAAGACGGACCGUUCGAAACCAUUGGGCAUUGGUCGCGAGACAGAACCGUUUGCCGGUCAGUGA